AUGACACCUCCCUUGUCCAUAGUCGAAGACUAUGUAGAGCAACAGAAAUCCUCACCAGGAGCGACAGAGCAGAGCCUCAGUCUGCUGCACCACCUUCUCAACAAAAUAAUUAGUGAACAGAAAGACGUGCAACACAUACUGCAAAUGAUCAGUCGAAUAGAGACGGAAGUGUGUGGGCGGUCGGAACACAACAAGGACGAGAUGACCGGUGCAUUGAGGGAAUAUGCGAAGAAAUGCGAUGAAAAACUCAACGCCACGAACGAAGCUCUACUCGCAGUGCGUGCUGAUCUAGCUCGUGUCAGUGACCAAUGCAGCUCGUUACGGCAAACGUCAUUGAAGCACGCGAAUGAGAUUGAGGCUGUUCGCGCCACGUUGAAGACGUCAUGUGAUUCCGUACGACAGGUCGCCGAUGAGCUGACCGCAAAAUUAGAGCCACCUCCUCCACCACCUCCCCCACCGCUGCAGCCAAGAAUGUUUAAAGAGGCCGAAGAUAGGCAACAGGACAGCCCAUCCGCGGAGUCGUCUAAUGGUAGUAGUCGACAACAAAUUGCGUUGUCAAAUCAAGGAGGUGAUGCAACUUCAACAGCACAUACUGGCACGCGCUGGUAA